UGGCCGUGCGCGGGGCGGUGGGACGGGGCUGCCGGGGCAGCGGGCGCGGGCUGUGCCCUGGGGCUGCUGCCGCCCCGAGGUUCGCUCCGCUGGAGCCGCAUCGAGUCGAGCUCGCUGCCGGGGCUCCCCUCCCCUGUCCCUGCUUGAGGCACAAUACAGCCCGCCGGUGCUUCCCGCCGUCACUCUCCUUAGACGGGACUGUGCCGGCGUUCCUGCUGCGGGAUGAAGAGGAUCUUCGGGUUCGGGAGGAAGAGGAAGGAACAGCCGCCGCCCGGCAGCGGCUCCCUUCCCUGCUCCGCCGGUGCCUACGAGCUUCGGCAGAAGGACCUGGGCAAGCUACACCGCGCGGCCGCCAGCGGCGACCUGGCCCAGGUGCGGCAGGGACUGAGGAAAUACAGCAUCGACGGGCGGGACAAGGCGGAGCGGACAGCUCUGCAUCUUGCUUGUGCAAACGGCCAUGUGGAUGUAGUUACAUUUCUAGUAGAAAACAAGUGUAAGCUAAAUCUUUUUGACAAUGAUAACAGAUCACCACUGAUGAAGGCAGUACAAUGCCAGCAAGAAAAAUGUGUGGCUAUUCUGCUGGAACAUGGUGCUGACCCAAAUCUGGCAGAUGCUGAUGGCAACACUGCCCUUCACCUGGCCGUCCUGUCUGGUAGUACUGCUGUAGCAGGGCUGUUACUUCAGCAUGAUGCGAAUAUUGAUGCCCAAAAUAAGGAGGGAUGUACCCCUCUUAUUCUUGCUGUCUCCGAACAUCAUGAAGAAAUAAUGGAGUUUCUCCUUAAAAAAGGAGCUGACGUGCAUGCUCGAGAUCAAUGUGAAAGAACCCCGCUUAUGACUGCUGCUUCUGGUGGAGAGCUUAAUGUGAUAAAGGUUCUUCUUCGGUAUGGUGCUAAUGUUUCCCAUAAAGACACUAACGGAUGGACAGCAGAGGAUUAUGCUGUUAUUCAUGGAUAUUCUAGUCUUAGCAAACAACUGGCAGAAUAUGCAGACUGGGAAAACACAGGAGAAGCUUCUACAGGUGGUGGUGCACGAGGCACCACAGCACUUGGCACUCCACACAGGGCAGCAGCUGCUGGCUUUACAUUGGGUGCACCUGCUGUGGACAGAGGAGGAAUGCAACAAUCUCCUAACCAGACAUCAAGAACAGGAAAAUCAAGGAAAGCAAUAGAUGACUUCUCCCAAGGAGACUCAAUAAGAAGCUCUGAGAAAGAGGGGAGCGAUGACAGUUGGCAUACCUCUGAGGAAGAGGAACUUGAUUUUACCCCCAAGAAGUUGCAGAAGCCAAACCUGACACUGUUAAUGAAUGCUUCACAGCAGUUCAGGAAAAACAAUGAUGGUGGUGGUUCUAGAAUUGAAAGUCCUAAGUCACCGAAGAAAAGUCUCAAACAAAGAAUCCCAACAGGUGCAAAUGUGAGCAAAGGGGACAGUGAAGAAUUGUUUAAUCAAGAUGUCUCAGCUGCAAGCAACCUGGAUGAAGAAGAAUUGGAGGAGGAAGAAGAGGAGGAGGAGGAGGAAGAGGAUGAAAAUGACAAUGAAGAUGGUGAUGAAGAUUAUGAGGAGGAAGAGGAGGAGGAGGAUGAUGAUGGUGAAGAUUUUACUGAAGAUGAAAAGGAGGAGGAAGAGCUGAAGGAUGAAGAAACUCAGUCUAAUGAAAUACUGGAAGAGGAGAAGACAGAACCUAAAGGGGAAAUUAAUCAGAAAUUAGAGUAUUUCAGUAAAGCAAAGUAUGAACGAGAUGCUCGAUGUGGAACAGGAAAUGUCUGUGAGGAUGAUGAAAUAAAUAAAGAACAUGAUGAAAAGGUGGAGGAAUCUGUUGAUUCUCCUGUGUCUUUCAUAGCUGAGUCUUGUGAAAGGUUUCAAGAAAAUAAAGCAGCAGUGUCUCCAAAGAUCAUGAAUAAUGAAGUAUCUUGCAAGUCAGUACCAAAACAAGCUGUCUUUCAAAAUCUGAAUAAUCUGCAAGAUAUGCAAGAAAGCUGGAACAGAAAAAGCAUGAUUGAGGAGAAAUUUCACAGAAACGCUGACUCCUGUUUUCCAAACUCUGAAGUGACAGAGUGGAGAAAAGAGGUACCUCAGCCUCUCGUAGAUAGUUGUGGUGUUAAGGAGAAAAGGUCAAACUUCAGUGAUGGCUUUGAACGUGGCAAUAAUUGGUUAGCAGAAAAACCCCCGGGACCUGAAAGUGAAAGACCAACCUCUGUCAUACUUGAACAUGUGGAUGGUGAAGAUGCUGAAGAAGAGGAAUAUGAAGGAGUAGAUUAUAAAGUCUAUAAACCACUGAAAAAAGAAAGUGAAAACUUGCCCUUAAAUAAGCAAGAAGAAAAUUUGAGAGCAGCAUUUCAUUCAAGCAGUGAAGUAAAUGACUUUCCAACAGUGGGAGCAGAACAAGAGGAAGAUGCUGAAUCUCCCUGGGAUUCCGAGGUUACACAGACAGAUUCUGAAAUGCCAAGAAAAAUGCCAUGUGGUGUGCUGCUCCCAGCUGCAGAGAGACAUGGAGCAUGCUCCCAGUUUGUUUCAGGGGAAAGUGACAAUGGCUUUUUGGAGAAACCCAACAAUCCACAGCUGAAGACUCCCAUAUCUGUUUUGGAAAUGAAUGAAACAUCUCCUGAAAACAGGCAGCAGAAAUCAGAUCUGUUGCAGGAAUUUGAUUUAGAAGAUGUUGAUUUUCUCACUGUAGGUGAGUACUCAGGAUCUUCUUUUCAUCUGUCAUCAGCAGCUGAAAAAGAAGAUGAUAAGGAUGCCAUUGAAAACUGUGGAGUGUGGGAUAAAUGUAUUUUAGAAACUACCAACUUCAUAGAAAAAACAGCACAUGAAAAUCAGACUGACAAAGCAGAAGUUUCACAUCAGGAAGCCCUAACAAAAAAUGAGGAAUCGCACAGUGCUGACAAGGAGUUAAAUCUAAAACCUUGGGAAAAAAGAUAUGAAAGAAUGUGGGUUGAAAAUGAGAAAAGGGAAUUAAAAACAAAUUUCAAAAACAUUACAGCAGAGCUGAAGCAGUUGUUUGGUGAAAAUGAAGCUGGGGAAACUGCUUCACUUGUGGAAGAAAUACCAGAAGAUGGCUUUGGUGAAGAAUUGAAGAGUUUUCACAUUAUUUCAUCUCCUGUGACAGAAUCAAGUAAUAAUUUAGAAAGCCAAUGUGAAUUUGGUGAUAUUAAACUUACACUAGGUGGAAAAAUACCCAAAAUGGAAAUUGUAUUUCCAAGUCAUGGUGUUCUUCCUGAUCAAAAUAGCAUAAGGACAAAUGAAGAUGAUACCUGGAAUACAGACAAAGAAGCUGGCAUUAACAAUGUAGAUAACAGGAAGAUGUCUCUAACUAAAGGAAAGAAAAAGAAAAUGCCUACUAUGGAAACAGAAGAGAAUGAUAAUGGAAAUAAUAAAAAUGCAGAGGAAGGUCCUGCUUACUCCCUGAGACAUAGCUUAAAAUCAAGUAUUUUGGGUGACAUUUCUAAUAUUUUUCCGAAAAUAAGACCUGUUUGUACAAGUGAUGAAAGUGCUCAUUCUGUAACAGAAAUGAAACUUAAAAGAUACUCUGGAUUUAAUGAUGAUGUUCCCAAGGACUGCCAUAUCAACAGUAAUGUAGGAGAAACGGAAACUGAAAGUCUUUUCACUAGUGCUCAGGAGUGUGAUGUGCUGGAAAGGAGUCUUGAUGAAGAGCUAAAACGAGAUCUGGAAAGAUUUAAGUGUAAGGUAGGAAUGCUGCAAACAGUAUUCCUGGCUUUGGAGAAAGAGAAGGUACAGCUGCAAAAAGAGGUUGAGAAGGAAAAAAACAAAGAAAGAUGUUUCAAUAUGCAGACAGUGGCAAAAGAGGAAAAUAUUGAUAAAUUAAAUACACCACCAUGCAAUAUUACCAAUCUGCAAAUGAAAGAAAAGCUUACCCAAAGGAAGAAUGACUCUUUGAAAAUGGAGGAUGAAAACAUUACAGAAGAAAAAGUCAGCAAGAAUUUUUCACCUAAGGAGAGCGAAUUUGCCCUGAAUCGUGAUGUUGCAAAGAAAAAUAAAGGACCAACUUCAAAGCAGAAGGCUAAUCAGCAGAUGAGUGGGAAUAACUUGCAAGUACUAGAUGAUAGCACUUUCAGUGAAGCAUCUCAAGAGGAGGAAAGACCUGCAGCAAAAACAGCGAGUGAAAAGAACAAGGUCAGCAUACAAAUGGAUGUAACUGAUGACCUUGAUUCAACUCACUCAUCUGACACAACAUCAGAGGACGUCAAAUUACCAACAUCCACCUACAAAGAGGCUGUGUUGCUCUUGGAACAGCUUACUGUGGAUCAUACAGGUUCUGCUAUUUUACUGAAAAUUCAAAACAUACUUCUUAAAUAUGAACAAAUAAUAGAGCAUGAAAAAAAUCGAUAUGCUGCAGUCUGGAGAGAAGUAAGAAAAUUGGAAAGUGAAAAGGAGGAAUCAAAAUUAAUAGCGGAAGAGACUCAAGAUUUGAAAUCCAUAUUGGCUCAUCAAGAAGUGGAAUGGAAAAGUGAUAUCCAAAGCCUUAAGUUUACUUUGAAACAAGAAGAAGAAAAGAGGCUCAGAGUAGAAACACUAUAUGAGCAAACAAAAGAAAAACUCAGAAGGAAAGAAGAGCAAUAUUGUAAAGAGAUGGAGGAGAAACAGCAGCUUGAGUUACAAUCAAGGAAUUUAGAAAUGGAGUUAGUAACACUGAGAAAGCUCUUCAAACAGGUUGAAGACGAGCGUGAUGAAACACAGAGACAGCUGUCUCAGGAAAAGAGUGCCAGAGCCCUGCAAGAAGGCAUUUUGAACAACCACCUUUGGAGACAAAAGGAACUAGAAGAGGAGACAAGAAGAACUACAGGGAAAAGUUCAGAUGAAUCCGACACUGAGAGAGAAAAGGAUCUGUUGUACAAAAAUCAGUUACUGCAAGAUGAAAUUGCCAUGCUAAGACUAGAACUUGAUCAAAUAAGACUUAGGCACCAGGAGGAAGAAGGAAAAUAUUUAGAGGAAAAUGAGACCUUGAAAGAAAAAAAUGAAGAUCUCCACAAAGAACUUAAGCUGAAUGAGGAAGCCUUAACGCAAACAGUUUUUCAGUACAAUGGACAACUGAACUUACUGAAGGCAGAAUCUGCAAUGCUAACUUCCAAACUUGAGCAGACAAAAGAAAGCAAAGACAGACUAGAGACAGAAAUUGAGUCAUUUCGCUCACGCUUGAACACUGCUGUGCAGGAACUUGAACGUCACCAGUCAUCAAGAAGCGAUGUUGAACGAACGUUUCAGAGGGAGCGCGACGAAUGGCUUCGCUUGCAAGACAAGCUCCAUCAUGACCUCUCAGAUGUGCGAGAAGCCAACAAGAGCUUGUCUCAGCAGCUAAGUAAAGCUGAAAGCAAAGCUAACAGUCUAGAAAAUGAGCUUCACCAGUUAAGACAAACGCUCAGAGAGAAAACAUUGCUUUUAGAAAUGACACAAAAAGAAUUAAGUCAAACUCAGUGUCAGGCAAAGGAAUAUGAUCAUGCUCGACAGCUUGAGAAAGACCAAGUAAACAAGCUUAUAAUAAAGCAGGAAUCCAUGCAGGAGCGAUUGGCCCAGCUCCAGAGUGAAAACGUUUUGCUCCGUCAGCAACUAGAAGAUCUGCAGAACAAGGGGAUCAUCAAAGAAAAAGUAGUUAAUGAUGUCCAAGAUCGGUUUAAUGAUAUUUUCAACAAACUCAGAGCUGAUACUGAAAAGCAAGUUUACCUAGUGGAAGAGAGAAACAAGGAAUUAAAUGCCAAGUGUAUUGAUUUAAGAGAACAAGUCUUCAAAUAUGAGACUGACAAAAUAGAGAGAGAGGGCAUGAUCAGACAGCUGCAGCAGGAGCUUGCUGAUGCUCUUAAAAAGCAGUCUAUGUCAGAAGCUUCACUCGAAGUUACUACGCGCUACCGCAGUGACCUGGAGGAAGACAAGCUGCACUUGCAAAAGGAAUUGGAAAAGGCUAAAACCAAGUUGCGGGAGGUGGAAGAAAAGUAUCUUCAGUCUGAGCAUUGUGUUCGUGACUUGAAGAAUGCCUUGGAUGGUAAGGAAAGAGAAGCAACAGCUUCUGCCCAGAAACUGCAGGACCAGCUGUUGGCAUCUUCUGAGACUAGCACUACUAUAAAACAACUGGAAGAACACGUGCAACACCUUGAAAUUGAAAACACCAGAUUGGAAGCCACUGUCCAGCAACAAAGCGACAGGAUUGAAGCCCUGCAGAGAGACCUGCAAGCCUCUGCCUCAGUUCACAGCCGCCUGGAAGACUUGAUAAUGAGCUUACAGACAGCACAGGCAGCUGCAGAGGACCACCACAAUCAGGUGCAAAAGCAGAAUGUGCUGGCUCUGACAUCAAAGGACUUGCAGAGCAUGUGGGAAGAGCAGUUUAAGUCAAGAUCUAACCUUGAAGAGCGUGUUGCUCAACUUGACAGGGAAAAGGCAGACCUUUUUGAACAGUGUGAGAGUGAAAGAAAGAAAGUGAAGAAACUGAUAGAGUUAAAACGCCCAGUUGAACUCCGUCUGGACCAAGAAAUGAGACGAAACUUAGAAUUGCAGAAAGACUUCAAGAGAUUGAAGAGACUUCUCAACAGAGCUACAAAGAAAAUAAAGGUGUAUGAGGAGAGAGAAAUGGAGUCACAGCUUAAUUUGAAGGGAGAAAUGAAGAGCAGAUAUUCUGAAAUGGUCAGUGAAGUUGAUAGAUUGAGAACAAAGGUUGCUGAACUUUCCCAGCAGCUAGACGUAGAGUCUAAAAAAAGCAUGCAGCUAGAAGCCCAAAACCGGGAAUUGCGAGAAGAGCUAUCUACCCUGCAUGGGAACUGUGAAAAACUGGAGAAGAGCAAAUGCCAGCUGAAAGAAGAAGUGGCAAAACUCCAACAUCACUUGGAGACUAACACGGUGGAUCACAGCCAAAUAGAACAGUAUAAAAGAGAGGUUGAUGAACGAGCAGGGCAAGAAAUAAGACAAAAACUACAAGAAGUCAAUUUGUUUUUGCAAGCACAGGCAGCCUCCCAGGACAGACUAGAACACAUCAGAGCAAGUCAUCAUGCUUCUCUGAGAAACCAGCUAAAAGACAGAAUCAGAGAUCUUGAAUGUGAAUUGGACAAGAUAAAAAAUACUCAACAAGACAGUACUUUUCCAAAAGAAUGUAUACAGGCAGAAGUGGAAAAGUACAAGGAGCUGUAUCUGGAGGAAGUGAAAACAAGACGAUGCCUAGCAAAGAAACUGGAAAGAGCUAAUGAGAGACUUGAAGAAGCCAAUGCUAAGCUCCUCCGGGAGCGCCAUAAAAGCAAAUCAUUAAUCACGAGCAGCAUUGUCAGCGGAGGUCUGGCUGCAACUCCAGUUCUGUAUUCAACUGCACUCGGACAUCUUGGCAACAAUUUGGGACUGAGCAGAAGUCUCAGUCUAGGAGGAAGCUUCCUCACCCCAGCUGAGAACACAUUAUCCUCGAGAAACAGGGUUGCAGCCUUUGUGGCCAAGGUAAGGAAAGAAAUAACAUAAGGAAUCUUGUGUCAUUUCCCCUCAGCCACUGCUGAACUCGAAACUGGAUGUGCUGGAUCUUCCAAAAACCUUCAUGUGGACCAGGACCCCCUUUGCAGAGCAAUAGAGGAGUACCGUGAUGUUUUAACCAAAAAUUACAUGAUUUGAAUGAAAUGCUGUGGAAAGACUCUGAACAUUUUUUGCUUUUGUAGAAAGCACAUCUAUGGUUUCCCUCUCCCCAGUUCAAAUGUAAAAAGUUGUUCAUUGCAGUCUGAAUAUAAACUCUACUAAACAGAUGAGUGCACAGUGCACUCAUCUGUUGGGUUUUUUCUGUAUAACUGGCUUCUUUUGCACUCACAGUAAGAACCACAUCUGUUUCUUCUGACCAGCAGAUUGACUGAUCUGGGUUCUUGAGCUUGACAAAACUGUCAGAAAUGUUUCCUCUUAUAGUAGCUUCAUUAUGUUGCAUUAUUUGUGUUCUAACAAAAGCAUUCCCUUUGUUCUGUUUAAUCCUUUCACUCAAUGUGUUUGUAAGUUCUCCAGUGUUAUUUCAAUGUUUAGGACAUCAUUUGAUGUUCUUUGAGCCCAAUGCUUCAAUCCUGAUGCAGUACUAAGUUCUGCUAAUUAACUUAGAGUGGUGUUCAAGCUGGAGAAAAGGGCACUUUGCAUUGUUGUCACUUUAUGCAACGUAAGUUUAAAAUGACUGUGACUGUGUAGUAGUGCCAAGACUUGUUUUAUGGGCUUUUUGGUAUUUUUAUUUUGUAUCACAGAAUGAGUGAAGUUGGAAGGGACUUCUGGAGGCUAUUUGUUCUACCCCUCCUCCUCCAGGAGGACCACCUUUAGUUAGUUUCCCAGAUGCGUGUUGGGUUUUUAAUUACUUUAAAAAAUGGAGACUCCAAAGCCUCCAUAGGCAACCUGGCCUCAUGGUCAGUCACUGUCACAAUACACUUGAAUAUCAUGAGGGAUAUUUAAACUCAGUACCUCUCAUGGUAUUGGUGUUGAUUUCUGUAUUAAAAAUUGCUGCAGCUUCAGACUUUUGCAGCUCUUGCUUAAACACUUACGGUACACCUGAAAACACCUUCAGUGGGAGGGGUAGAAAAGGAACAUUAAUAUCAUCAACACUCCUCAGUACUCUCCAGAACUUGUGUGAUAGGAUACUCAGGUUUUUUGUUUCUGCUAGCAGCUGAUGAUAUGGUGUCUGUAGCACAAAUGUGGUGGAAAAUUGAUAGCAACCAUAUAAGCAGUUUUACUUAUUUCAGGAAGUUACCAGUUUUUAAUUAGGAUGUGUGUUGUCAUUUCCCAUCUGCAAAAGUCACCAGCAGAGUAUAGAACCAAGUCCCAGUUCUGGAAAAGUAAGAAUAAUUGUACUGAGAGUAAUCAAAACUGAAAUAAUUUUAGGGUUCUACCCACUAUUUUAAGGACUUAACAGAUAGUGAGAAAAGCAUUAAAUGCUGCUGUAACACUCUUCCUUUUUAUAUGAAUACAUUUUUGUGAGGCUAUGACACUGUAUUUAAUUUAACUUGAUAUUUAAUAAACUUUGCAG